UCUCUCUCUCUCUCUCUCUCUCCCAGGCUUCUUUUGGAAGUUCGAGCCCAGUUGGGUCUCUGUCUUCUGAGGAUCAUGAUUUUGACCCCACUGCUGAGAUGUUGGUCCAUGACUAUGACGACGAAAGAACUCUUGAAGAAGAGGAAAGGAUGGAUGAGGGUAAAAACUUCAGUUCUGAAAUUGAAGACUUGGAAAAGGAAGGAAAUAUGCCUUUAGAAGACCUACUGCCAUUCUACAGCUAUGAAUCUACAAUUCCGACGGUUACAAAUUCCAGUGCCAACAGCCCCCCAAGUGAACUUGCAGAUGAACUACCAGACAUGACUCUAGACAAAGAAGAAAUAGCGAAAGACCUGUUGUCGGGUGAUGAUGAGGAAACCCAGUCUUCUGCAGAUGAUCUGACACCGUCCGUGACUUCUCAUGAAACUUCGAAUUUCUUUCCUUGGCCUUUGUGAUCAAAUACUUCCUGUGAUGGAGAUAAGGAGUCAGAGAUUGAGGAUGUUGAAACGGACAGCGGUAACUCACCUGAAGACUUGAGAAAGGAAAUAAUGAUCGGUUUACAAUAUCUGGCAGAAAUCCCCCCUUAUCUUGGCGAGUACAGUGGUGAGGAGAAAGCAUAUGAAAAUGAAAACCAGUUACUGUGGCAUCCUGAUGUGGUUUUGGAGAGCAAAGUCAAGGAGUACCUUGUUGAGACAUCGUUAAGAACUGGAAAUGAAAAAGUCAUCGACAGAAUUUCUUCAGGCACACACACCAGGGACAAUGAACAGGCAUUAUAUGAACUUCUCAAGUGUAACCACAACAUAAAGGAAGCAAUUGAAAGAUACUGCUGUAAUGGAAAGGCAUCUCAAGAAGGAAUGACAGCAUGGACAGAAGAAGAAUGCCGAAGUUUUGAACAUGCACUCAUGCUUUAUGGAAAAGAUUUUCAUCUUAUACAGAAAAAUAAGGUGAGAUCUAGAACCGUUGCUGAAUGUGUGGCCUUCUACUACAUGUGGAAGAAAUCAGACCCUUUUUAUGAGUUCAGUCACAUCUUAUGUAGCCUUGGGGAUACCUAUCAUUUGGCAAUUGUUCCCAUAAGGAGACUGAAUGAAUUAAGGCAAGCACACCUCAUCACAGACUCCAGCUUCAGCAGGAACACAGACCCAGAAAUGGCCCUUGGUAGCAUCUCAGGCCCAAAUGUCAUCAUGGCCCCAGUUACCAGCACCAGCUACCUUGAUCAGUAUGGCCCUGGUGGCAAGCAUGGUCCUCAGAGAGCAACACAGUCUCAGGUGGCUGUCCAGACCCUGAGCAUCUAUACAGCCUGUGAUGAAUCUGUGGAAACCUGA